AUGGGGUUUAUGAUAUAUUUGCUGCAAUCAGAAAAAUUCAAUGAGUAUUGUAUGCACUUUUUAAGACCCUGUGAUUUUGUAUCACUUGACAAGACCCUUUAUCCAAUGAGAACACAGGUAUCCUUCAAGCAAUACAACCCAAACAAAUUGGCAAAGUAUGGGUUAUUUUUUAAAUUAAUCAAUGUAGCAAAGUUUCUAUACAGAUUUGUCACAUACCUAUAUGCUGGAAAGCCAAACAAAGGAAGUGAAUACUAUCACCAAAUAUCUGGUAAAUCAUUUGAAUCAGUUUCAAAAUCUUCAAGGAAAAGAAAUCUUUCAUUUGAUGGAAGAAAUCUUUCAUUUGAUUGGUUAUACACCUCCUUGUCUUUAGCUGACUGGUUAUGA